AUGUCAUAUAUUCAAAUUAACAUUUAUAAUGAAAAUUUGCAAAAUCUGCUAAAUCGCGGGAUUGAUUUACACGAAAUUUUCAAAGAAAUCGGAUUGCUCGAUAACUCGAUUAUAUCUGAAAUUCCAAUUGUUCCCAGGCGAAUUCCAGAAGCUCAGAGACCUUUUAAACGAAUCGCCGCUGAAAUUGUGAAUGUUGGAGUUGGAGCUGACAGUGGGUAGGUGUUUCUUGAAAAAACGAAAAAAAUUUUUGAAAAAAAAAUAAAAAUAUUUCUUACGGUUUUUUUAAAGGCGCAGGAGGUUUUGUGUGUGGGUCUUGAAGCGAUCCAGCGCGCGCACGGAAUAUUUUUGAAUCAAAAAUAUUAAUUUUUUUAUUUUCAACCAAAAAACUCGGAUUUCCAGCGUUAAUGAUGACUAUCCGACUCAAGAAUCAACACCAUCAACUUCUGAAGAAUAUUCAGAUGUUCUCCACGAAAGUACACUUAUGAUGGCGCCAUCUAUGGAGACUAGCUACGAUAACAGUACUUUUGAUAAUAUUUAUGAUGCUUUAUUUAAAAAUGAUGGGCAAAAGGAAGAAGAAGAUAUGAUUUUUGAUAAACCUGUUGUGGUAAAUUCUACAAGAAAAACUUUGUAGAUAAAUAAAUCUCAAAUUUUUCCAGAAAAAACGAGCAUUUUCCAAGGAAUACAUGGAGAUUCUUGACCAAGUUCAUCAAAUUCAAUGUCAAUUCGAAGGUUGUAAUCAUGUGUAUUCAUGGAAGGUGAAAUAUGGAAAAUUGCGCCUGGUAGAUCACGCAUUGACACAUAUCAGCGAAAAACGAUUGCCAUGUCAUUUAUGUGGGGUUUUGGUGCAAAAUGUGCGACAAAUUCGAAAUCAUUAUAAUAAAGAGCAUCCGGAUACACGACCGAUUGGAUAUGGAAUGAAAGAGUGAGGGAAUUAUUAUCGAAAAUCUCAUGCGCUCCACCGAAAUAAACACGCAACGCAGACCGCACCGCGCCACAACACAUACAAAAAAAGAGGGAAUUUGAAGCGUUUUGUGUGUGUUGUGACGCGACGCGGUCUGCGUUGCGUGUGAGAUUUUCGAUAAUAUCUAUUUUUGAUGGGGCAAAAUCACGAGAAGAAAAUCGAAUUAAAUGAAAUCACUUGAGAUUUCGAUGUUCGAAAAAAAGAAAAGAGGAUAAUUUUGGCAAUUUGAACAAUCGAAUUAGAGAUUUUUGGACAAAACACAUGAUUUUUAGCUCGAAAAAUGUGAUUUCUAGUAUUUUUGACGCACUGAUCACUAUCCUGUUGUCAAAAACUGCAAAUCUCAACUUCUAAUAUGAGUCAUCAUGGCAAAAUUGAAAAAUCGAGACUUUAGGAAGCUAGCUUAACCUCCUGAAGUCCCGAUUUUUCGAAAUUUUCCAAUUUUGCCACUUACAAAUGAUAACUCAUAUUAGGAGUUGAGAUUUGCAGUUUUUGACAUCAGGAUAGUGAAAAGUGGGUCAAAAACUACUAGAAAGUAUAAAUUUCAUGAAAAAUCUGAAUUUUGCUUCAAAAUAACCCAAAACCUAGAUGUUUAUUACUCAAAAAUUCGAGAUUUUCAAGUUUCCGAGCUCAAAAACCCAUUUCCAGCAUGCCAAUCGACGACAAUGAGCUCCGAAUGCUCUGGCGAAAAUGUUAUCGCGACAAAAUCGAGAUAAUUGGCGAGGCCUCCAGUGUUGGAAACGAGAAAAUGCGGCGAAUUGCGAAGAAGAGAAGUCAAAAACAGGAAAACCCGAUGGAAUUGAUUCAGGUUAAGGAAGAAGAAUUCUAAUUUUAAGAUAAGAUAUUUUGCUCAUGAUAUACAUUUACUGGUAUAAGUUGUUUUCUAACAUCAAAUAAUCAAUUUCCUUGUUUUUUUUUGUUUUUUCUCUCGCGGAUUUGUUGAUUUUCUCCCGAAAAAGUUCACAAUGACCCUAAUUUUCAACAUCAUUAAAUUGUUAAUGGUUUUUUUUCCCAAGCGCCGCCCACUUUUUCUAGGCCUUUUUAAAAUCAAAGUUUUCUGAUCGCAUUCAGAAAUUCACGAUGUUCAAGAUUCAGACAAUUCUCUAUCUCUGCACUCUCUUCACUCUCGCCACAAGUUUCUUGGAACAUGGCCAAGCUGAAGAACCGUUCAACCCUUCUACUUUUGUUCUAGAUUUGUCGGAUAUUGAUCAUGCGAAUGGAGCCGAGGUUUGUGGGGGCGUGGCUUAUUCUGCAACCCUGGCACACUAUUCUCCGAAGGGAAAAGUGUGCCAGAGUUGCAGAAAAGGUUGUUCACGGGAAAUCUAGGCAAAAAAGGGGCGUGGCUUAUUCUGCAACCCUGGCACACUAUUUUUCAUGGGGAGAAGUGCGCCAGGGUUGCAGAAAAGGGGCGUGGCUUGUUUCGCAACCCUGCCACACUGUUUUCUAGGGAAAAAAGUGUGCCAGGGUUGCAGAAAAGGGUGUUCACGGAAAAUCUAGGCAAAAAGGGGGCGUGGCUUAUUCUGCAACACUGGCACACUAUUCUCCAAAGGGAAAAAUGUGCCAGGAUUGCAUUUCUGUUUGCAGAUUCCUCGAAAUCUCACCGAAGAGGACACCAAAAUCAUCCCAACAAAUAUCGAUUUUUCAGCAUUGAAGUAAGAGAUUUUCAGAUUUCCAGGUUAAAAAUCUGAAAUUUUCAGGGAAGCCUAUGCAAAGGAGAAUAAAGCCGAACGUUUUCUUCCAUCUCGUCUAUUUUUCGAUGAGAAGAAAUGA